CCACUCGUCAUACUCCAAGAGUCCAAGAGGAUGUUGACAUAGAAGAUAGGAACAGCCGACGCCGCCAGCCGAAGAUAGCCCCGCAGUAGGGAAGAGGCGACAGCUGCAGACGGCAGCGCGAGGGACGACCAACCGGAGCUACGUGUGAAGAGCUGAGGGCCAUGGGUACCCUCACGAAAUUUAUUAUAAUAAGUCAACUCAUUUUUACCCUGUUGCUGAACCCUGAACAUGUGAGUGGAGUGUCAUCAAGACUAGACAUUCAAAUCACUAAAAUUGAAGAAACUUCGGGACUGUACUACGAACAUAACGGCAAUGGACGAUUGUAUAAUACUGAAUGGAGAUUAAUCUCCUAUUUAAAUUUAAGUCAGCCUGAAAAUAAUUAUAAUACGAUAAGACGAUAUGUAAGUGUUGUAAAUGAAUUAUGUAAUAAGGAAAUUCCGGUGAAUAAGGGUAAAACUCUAUGUUCUAAUACUAUAACAAAAUUAUCAAACAGGUUAGACGCCACUGCGCGCACCAUAGAAAUUAUAGGAGGUAUAACCAAAGACCAUGUUAGUCCUAGAGUAAAAAGAAGUUUCUUUCCAUUUAACCUAAUAGGGCAAUUGAGUAAAGUGAUUUUUGGUACGCUAGACGAAGAAGAUGCAGAAUUUUAUAAUAAUAAAAUUACGAAACUUGAGAGCGAACAAUUAGACUUUCUUAAGCUGAGUAAGGAACAAAUUUCUAUUGUAAAAUAGACCUUGCAAACCAUGAACCGAACUGUUAAAGACUUAAAUGAGAAUCAGCAAAUGUUAGCUGACCAACUAGUAAAACUUACAGAUGAGAUAAACCGCAUAAACUCGAAUGUAACCGACGCUUUAUCUCAUCAUAACCUACGAAUACGAGUAAACGAGCAUUUGACUCUAUUAAAUCAAGAAAUUGAAACCCUUUCAUUUCAAUGUGAAUCUAUUUUGAAUUCCAUAAUAAAUGCAUUUAAAGGGAUUUUAAACCCCCAUAUUAUAACACCGCAAAAAAUCGUUGAAUAUUUCAAUGCAUUUCAAUCUACUCAUUCUCGAGAAUUUAAUCUACCAUUACCAGAAGGAACAAUCAAAGAUAGUUCCCUUCUUAACCUGAUGCAGCUGGAAGUGUUUAGCAAAAGGAACAUUUUAUGUUAUGUAAUUAGACUACCAGUAACUGAUCAUUUAAUUUUUGAUAUAUAUAGAAUCAUUCCAUUGCCUGUAAAAAUGAAAACUGCCACAAACAAAUAUGUUUUCAUAGAUCCGGAAACGGAUUAUAUUAUGAUGGAACACUCCAAACAGUACUACGCAAAAAUAAGCAAGUAUGAAUUGAGUAAGUGUAAAGUAAUAACUAAAACUCUUAGAGUGUGUAGACAAACCUUUCCAUUGAUCAAUACUUAUGGACGGGAAGAUUGUGCAGCCAAAUUAUUGUAUACUACAGGUCCUAUACCUAGCAAUUGUGUUAAGAAAAUAGUAGAGCUAAAGCAGACCCUUUGGAUUCAGCUAGAGCACAAUGAAUGGAUAUAUAUUGCGCCAGAUAAAGAAAAAAUUACUAUAGUUUGCGAUCAAACUGGACCUUUUGACGCAACAGUGGAAGACACUGGCAAACUUAAGUUUAUAAGUGCAUGUAAAGGUUACGGUACCAACAUCUUUAUAUCCUCCCAACUGGAGUUAACUACUAACACUAGCACAAAAGAUGUUAUUCCCAAAAUAAAUCUUGACAUAGAUUGUUGUGAUGAAACAAACUAUAAAGUAACACUUGAAAAUUAAAAACAAAGUUACAUUUGAAACCUACAAUAACUCGGUUAGACGAUUUGAAGAUUGCCGGUCACAAAAUAGAGGAAGUAGAGCAUAUGAUAAAUGAAGAGGAAUGGAAAAUAAAACACACAAACGUGAUUUCACGAGUAUCUGUAAUGUCCUAUAUCAUUAUCAUAUCAUUAAGUUGUAUUUUAUGUAUAUAUUGUUGUAUAAAAUGUGGAUGUUGUAAAACUAUUGUCGGUAAUUGAUACAAGAGGUGUAAGGACGGUGAUUGCUGUAAUUGUAAAACCAUAUGUUUUAAACCAACAAUUGUAAACACAUACAGACCUAGGGAAAGCAAUGAGCUGGUCCAUUCCGUUAACGAAAGCCAGCUAGAGGAAAGGAUCGAAUUGAGAGGAAACAGUUUACGGAGAACUCAGACUAGUCGUUGAUGGCUAAGUCCCAUUUCAAACUAAGAGAGGUGUAAAGAAACAAUUGUAUUUUCUUUAAUUGUUUCUUUUUCCCCCGCAAGGGAGGUGUCGUAAGCACCUAGUUAUUUUAGUUAUUUUGGGUUAGUAUUAAAAAUAUAAAAAUACUAUAACUAUAAUUCUGGUAUUAAAUUGUAUUAUAAGCAUAAGGUGAAUAAUGAGUAAUGUUUCAAUAGAGUGUUUCAUGUCUUGUGUAUCGAACGAUGAGUAUGCCUGUCGAAGGUUUACAAGCCUUCUACAUCAGUUGGCUAACCAAAUGUUAGUUAUGUGUGGUGGUUCAAACAGACUGUUUACUGCAGAGGAAACUACGCAUCACAAGGUUCAACAAUGACUGAAUCCUUGGACUGAACAUGAAACGAGUGUGUAAAUGAAAACGACGAAUCACGAGAAAGGGUGGGGAGAGAGUGCGCUCUGCCCCGGCAGAGGAAGCGGACGGAAGAGAGAGUGUGUCGGGAGACUCCCUAGGAGGAGGUCCUAGGAUGGGGACUGAGAGAUUUGUCAGAAGGAACAGACUUGUAGAAUCUUAAGUUUGUACUUGUAAUUUCUAUGUAUCAAGAAGUGGAUGUAAAAGCUUUGUAGAGUUUAAGACUUGUAACGAGCCAAGAAUGAAGAAUAAUAAUAAGAGUUUUCCUGUCCGCAGUAGUAAGUUAUCGCUUUUAAUCGCUCCGCUGCCCCACAUAGCCUCACCUAUAAGGAACCUGCCGCUCGGUCACGACAACGUUAAACAUACUAUUUAUGACAGAAAACAUUAUUUAUUAAUUUAUUUUAUUGUUAAUUUAGAGCUGAUUGAUACAGAUUAAAAUAUAGUUAGUAUUUACCUUGCUAUGUAGACUCCAAAAGUUUCUUUUAAAGUAAAUUUGUCACAGUUUUCUUAAAGUAGGUAACUCAGCCUACACGUGUUUAUGAACGAUGUUGUUUACUGGCUAACGGUUUUUACAGCUGCUACGAAAGACCCAGACCCGCCUAGCCCCUUCCCCGCUUCUCUAUGAAAUACCUUUUGAUGGGCUAAAAUUAUCCCUAGGUAACUCAGGUAUAUAGUUAUCUUAAAAUAGCAAUAAAUAGGCAUCUAUGCAUAUAAUUUAAAGAAUAU